UUGUAUUUUUUUCCCUUAAUCAUUCUCGCCAUGGAACAUAUCCGACAGACCUUUUCCCAAUGCCAGAGGGGAGGCCGUCCAACACUGGUAACCUAUGUGACGGCCGGCUUUCCCUGUGUGGAGGAAACUCGUGAUAUCUUGCUGGGCAUGCAGGCCGGAGGAGCUGAUAUUAUCGAACUCGGUCUACCUUUCACCGAUCCCAUUGCAGACGGCCCGACCAUUCAAAAAUCCAAUUUGAAGGCGCUUGAAAAUGGCGUUACCAUCUCAUUGAUGUUAGACAUGGUCCGCGAUGCCCGCCGAAAUGGGCUUAAGACACCUGUGCUCUUCAUGGGUUAUUACAACCCAAUAUUGCGCUACGGGGAGUCCAAACUCCUCGCAGAUUGCAAAGCGGUAGGAGUCAAUGGCUUCAUUGUCGUCGAUCUCCCUUUGAAGGAGGCAGUUCGAUUCCGUGAAGGCUGUACAAAGAUGGGCCUCUCCUACGUCCCUUUGAUCGCACCCUCUACUACAGAGGACCGCAUGAAGACCCUCUAUGAAAUGGCCGACUCCUUCAUUUACCUUCUAUCUCGCAUGGGCGUGACAGGCGCCACUGGGACACUUAAUUCGGAACUCCCUACUCUUAUUAAGCGUGUUAAGGAGCUCUCGGGUAAUAUCCCUGUGGCGGUUGGCUUUGGUAUCAGCACACGUGAACAUUUCCUAAGCGUGACCUCCAUCGCUGACGGCGCCGUCAUCGGUAGUCAAGUGAUCACUGUCCUAAAUAGUGCCGUAGCUGGCCACGCUGCUGCGCUUGGCUUAGCUGUUGAGGAAGAGGCAGCUACUACUGCUAUUGAUGGCUCCGGGCGAUUUAGCAUUUUCGGUGGUCAGUAUGCUCUAGAGGCCUUGAUCACUUGUCUAGAAGAAUUGGAUGCCGGUUUCCAAGCUGCGCUAAAUGAUUCGACGUUCUGGGCCGAGUUCAAAUCAUACUAUCCCUAUAUGGGUCGUCCAUCCAGCCUUCACCUGGCCGAGAGGCUGACCGAGCACGCGGGCGGAGCGAAUAUUUGGCUGAAACGCGAGGAUUUAAACCACACAGGAUCUCACAAGAUCAAUAACGCCUUAGGUCAGAUUCUCAUUGCUCGCCGACUCGGCAAGACGGAGAUCAUCGCCGAGACGGGAGUAGGCCAACACGGCGUCGCCACCGCGACUAUCUGCGCCAAAUUUGGCAUGAAAUGUACCAUUUAUAUGGGUGCGGAGGAUGUUCACCGACAGGCAUUGAAUGUCUUCCGGAUUCGCUUAUUAGGUGCUACCGUUAUCCCAGUUGAGUCGGGAUCGCGUACCCUCCGGGAUGCGGUGAACGAAGCUUUCCGCGCGUGGAUUAGUGUGAUCGGGGAGGAAACCAAGACCCAGCUACGGAACCUAGGCAAGAGCCCUGACGCUGUGAUCGCUUGUGUGGGAGGUGGCUCGAACGCAACAGGAAUGUUUUAUCCAUUCUCUAAUGAUAUGUCCGUCCAGCUGGUUGGUGUGGAAGCUGGUGGAGAUGGUUUAGACACGGCGCGUCAUUCAGCCACUCUUAGUGGUGGUUCUAUGGGAGUUCUGCAUGGUGUUCGGACGUAUGUUCUACAAGAUAAACAUGGUCAAAUCUCUAACACUCAUUCGAUCUCUGCUGGACUCGAUUACCCGGGAGUCGGACCGGAGCUGGCGAAUUGGAUGGAAAGUAAAAGGGCGAAAUUCAUCUCAGCCACUGAUGCACAGGCUCUACAAGGCUUCCGACUGCUGAGUCAGCUUGAAGGCAUUAUCCCUGCAUUGGAGACCUCCCAUGCAGUGUGGGGCGCCAUCGAGACGGCUAAGGAGCUAGGACCUAACAAAAAUCUUGUCUUGUGCCUGAGCGGUCGUGGAGAUAAAGAUGUGCAGAGUGUAGCCGAUGAGUUGCCCAACCUUGGGCCUCAGAUCGGGUGGGACUUGCGGUUUUGA